GCCGUAAAGCGAUGCAUUAUUACCGUGUACAUGUCAACCUGGCUUUAAACCUCCCCUCUCCCCGGUGACAAGGUGAUACCGGCCAUGAGGUUGGAGCGCGCGCGGAAAGGCUCUCGUAAAGCGCAACAGAGUUGCCCCAGCUGAUCGGCCGUGGUUUCUUUUUUCCGCCUUCCAGUGCUAACACGCUCCAUUUUAUUGCUCUUGGCAGGGAAGGGGAAAAAAGGAAGAAUACACAUAAAAUAGGCGAUGGCGCUUCCAAAGAGAGGAGACUUGAAUGAGGAGGAGAAAGCAUUGCUUGAAGUCAUUAGCAGCGGAAACACUGAAGAAGCUUCAGGACUCCUUGGCAGCAAGACCGUCCGUGUGAAUUGUUUAGAUGAGCAUGGAAUGACCCCUCUAAUGCAUGCAGCAUAUAAAGGUAAAACUGAUAUAUGCAGGCUAUUGAUGCAACAUGGAGCUGAUGUAAACUGCAAUAAUCAUGAAUACGGAUAUACUGCCUUAAUGUUUGCUGGACUCUCAGGCAACAAAGAAAUAACCCGGAUGGUGUUAGAGGCUGGAGCAGAGAUUGAUGUGGUCAAUUCUGUGGGAAGAACUGCAGCUCAGAUGGCUGCCUUUGUGGGUCAGCAUGAUUGUGUAACAGUUAUCAACAAUUUCUUUCCGCGUGAAAAGCUAAACUACUACACAAAACCACAAGGACUGGAUAAAGAACCCAAGCUUCCAAUUAAGCUAGCUGGACCUCUACAUAAAAUUAUUACAACUACUAAUUUGCAUCCUGUUAAGGUUGUGUUGCUGGUGAAAGAAAAUCCUCUUUUGGCAGAAGUUGAAGCAAUGCAGAACUGUUACAAAGUAUUAGAUCUGAUCUGUGAGAAGUGCAUGAAACAGAGAGAGAUGAAUGAAGUCCUUGCAAUUAAAAUGCACUACAUUAGCUGCGUUUUCAAAAAAUGUAUCCUUUUCCUUGAACGAGAUGACAAAUUGGAUGGAUUAAUCAAAAGCCUGUUAAAAGGCAGAGAGACAGAUGGAUUUCCAGUUUAUCAAGAGAAGAUCAUCAGGGAAUCUAUUCGGAAAUUUCCUUAUUGUGAAACUACCUUGCUUCAGCAGCUUGUGAGAAACAUUGCUCCUGUUGAAAUUGGUUCUGAUCCUACAGCAUUUUCUGUACUUACACAAGCUAUUACUGGUCAUAUAGGCUUUAUAGAUGCUGAAUUUUGUACAACAUGUGGGGAAAAAGGAGCGGACAAAAGAUGUUCCACAUGCAAAAUGGUUAUUUACUGUGAUCAGACUUGCCAGAAAAUGCACUGGUUUACGCACAAGAAAUCAUGCAGCAUGCUAAAGAAGAUUUAUGAAAAACAGAUGGUAGACGCAGCCAAAGAAAAAAAUAAAGAAGCAGCACAAACUUCAGAAUCUAUUUUAACAAGUGAAGAACAGUACUCUGAACCUGAAACUCAUAAAGACAUGGAAAUAAAAAGUACUGGAGACCAAAGUGAAAUGAUUCCCAACAUAAAAAUGAUUGUGUCAUCUCCAGCAGUUUGUAACUCUGUUGAAGAGGAAACUACUUCAGAAAACGUUGUUAGUGAAAAAGUUCAAGAAUCUAACGAAUAAACAGUACUUUUUAAAGAA